AGCUGGAACAGUAAACAGGAAGCUCAUGCUUUAACCGGCGUUGCAGUCUGUAUGAAAGCUAUUCAGUUGUAAGGAAUAAAACCUUGAUACCUAUUGUUUUGUACUUCUUAUUGUUUAUCUAUGCAUGUUGCUGGUCGUAAUGUUUGUGCUUGAUUAGAUAAAUCGGGCCGCGGAGCUAACGCGCAAAAUUUCUAUUGCGGUAUUAAUGUUACCGUCGGGUUGGCUGACCUAAGAACUGAAAACGCUGCUCAGAGUAACGGAGCCGUUACCCAUGGAGACGGGAGACGCCUAAACAGAUUUAGCUAGCUUUAGCCUGUUAGCUUCCUGCAAAUCUUUCCGCUGCCAAGAUGCCUACAAAGCCGACAGGUAACGCCUCCCAAGGCCUGUUUGGAGAUGAUGAUGACAUACUUGACAGCUUAUUUGACAAUAUAAAACAACCGGUGCGAUCAAAAGGGGCUCGAGCCGGACGGCUAAACGCCUCAUCUCCCACUAGCAACAUGUUCAGCAGACUGGCAGAGGAAGUUAGGAGGGACGAAUUGGACUUGGAGGCCUCCGACGUCUCCGAGGCUGAUCCCAGUGACGUGCUGAAGAACUUGAAGGGCUUGGAUGAUAUGGAGGCCGACCUGUUCCCAUCAAAGAAAAAGCUCCCCGUGCAAACAAAGGCAGUCGCUAACGAAGAGCCAAUCAAAGACUCUGCCGCGUUAGAAAGUAAUGCAGAACUCAAGGGAGCAGGUGAGGCCACAGGAGGAGGUACGAAGCCAAACACUGCCCCUUCAUCCUCGGCACGUGACUACAAUGACUUCUUUGAUCCAGACGACCCCCUGGCUGAUUCGCUCGACGACCUGCUUCCGGAUGAAACCAGGCCUGAACCCCAACCCCGACAGAGCAAGCCUGACAAAUCCGUGCCGCCCGCAUCGCCGUCACCCCUCCUCAGGAGCCAAGCAACUAAGACAUCUAAAAACGAUGACAAGGACGACCUGCUUGACGCGCUGGAGAGACGUAAAAACGAUGGCAACAGAAAAGAGACUCCACUUUGGUCUUCCAAGGAGAAGAGUGAUGCCCCUCAGAGACCUCGUACCAGAAUCCAGGAUAUUCUGGAGGCCUCCACCUCGGCCCGGCCCACGGAGCGACCUCCCACGGGCGAGAAGAGGGGCGAAAAGCCACCACAGGAGAACAACUCUAGUUUGAAAGAUCCAUUUGUGGAAGACGACCUCACAUUUGGGUUCUAUCAGCCCACGAUGGUGUCCACGCCCGAGGGGCGCCAGUCCCGCAGACAGUCUGUCAGAUUUUCUACAGAGGAUGUCAGACUCUCCACCCCCGAGAAGAAAGCGCCAGCCAGCACCCCGACAAGCAGCCGCCACCGAGGCUCGGCAGAAUGGCUCGGCCUCACGGUGAACGACGAGCUCGACCGCUUAGAAGAAGGUCCCAAAGCGCUGAAAGGUUUAGCUGCGUCUCCAAAAGCUCCCUCCUCUCCUGUAUUGGAGAGAAAGUCUUCGUUGACUGGGAGUCAAGCCACAGCUGUUGCCAAAAUGACGGGAGACGCUCCGAGCUGGAAGCAGAGCAGAUCUGAGGAGUCUAAAGCCAAGAGGAAGGAGGAGGAGGAGGAGGAGCAGGACUGGUUGGAUGGGGCGCUGAGCAGGAAGAAGGCUCUGUCGGAGGCAAAAACAUCCAAGCAGGAGGACUCUCUACAAAGUGAAUCUGUAGUCAGUAACAGAGACAAGACACAAACGUUCAGAGACCGAGAGGAGACGUUCGCAUCUAUCAGAGACACUAGCCCUGCGGCUCAUUCCACCCCCAUCAGAGAGGAGAAGCCCAACAAAGGUCCUCAGCAAAACCAAAUGAAGACUACAUCAGCCACCGCCCAACAGCAGGUUUCCUAUACAGCAGACAAUCUGCAGCAUUUGCUACUACAACAGCAGAUGAUGCAGACUCAGUUGCUGGGUCUGGGGAGUGCUGUUGACGCCGGAGCCCUGCGGAGACCUAAAGAGGAGCAGCAGCAUGGAGAAUAUCAGGCUUUCCAAGCCCGCAUCGUCCAGUUGGAGGGAGAGGUGAAAAUGCUUCAGCUGGAGCGGGACCAAAGCCGGAAGAUGUUAGAGGAGAUCCAGAAGAGGCACAACCAGGACAUGCUGCUUCUGGAGAACACACACAAGACUCGUGUGAAGCUGCUGGAGGAGUCAGCAGCCCAAAGGGAGACCCGAGCUCGACUGGAGAGCGAGGAACUAAUGGAACGCCUGGCCGCGUUGACGAGAUCCGCCGAGCAGGAGCGCUCAGAGCUGCAGGCUCAGUACCAUCGAAAGCUGGCCCAGGCUCAGCAGGACAGAGACCGUGAGGUGGAGAGGCUCCGAGACCUCCAGAGAAAAUCCAUCAUGGAGAUGAAGAAAGACCACGAGGAUCAGCUUCAGAGGCUGAAGAGAUUAAAGGAUGAAGAGAUUGAUGCGGUCACCAGUGCAACAUCUCAAACCAGAUCUCUCUCAGGGGUGAUUGAGCAGAUGGAGCAGUUCUCCUCCCGGCUCGGAGAGCUCUCCUCUCGAGUGGAGAGCACACACGAGCACACCGCCCACGGCUUGGAGCAAGGGGCGCGGCACCGGGACGAGCAGCUCCGAAUAAUGCAGGACCGUCUGGCCCAGCAACAGAAAGCCAUGGCAGAGGAAAGGGCUUACCUCAAGGAAAUCAUCUCCAGGAUGGACACUCAGAUCAGCGAGCAGCAGAGGCAGCUGGAGAAGGAACGCUGGAAGGUGACGGCGGAGCAGGCCAAGGCCGAGUCCACCCAGAGAGGCCUGGAGGAAGAGCGCCGCGUCUUCACCCUGCAGAUCAGCAUGGAGAGGGAGGAGCUGGAGCGGGCUAAGACCUUGCUGCUGGAGGAGCAGAAGUCUGUGAUGCAGCACUGUGCAGAGGAGAGGAGGAAGCUGGCAGCGGAGUGGGCUCACUUCCACACGCAGGAGAAGCAGAGGCACGACAGAGCCGAACGGGAGGUCAACAGCCUCUUAGAGAGGAGAGAAGGAUCCAUCAUCGGUCUGGCACAGGAACAGGCUGACCUGAAGCUUCGAACGGCUGAUCUAAAACAGAAGGAGCUGGCUGUGACCCAAGAGAAAGAGACUCUGGCUAGACUAAGGGAAGAGCUGGACAGAGAGAAGGAGACAACGAAUAGUAUAGCCCUGAGACUCAAAACACGCGCCCAGGAGGUCGAGGCCUUCAGCAAGCUUGCAGCAGAGAAGUACGAGGAGGGCGACAGAGCGCUGCAGGAGGCCAAGCGCGUGGAGUCGGAGCACCAGGCUCGACUUAGAAACAUUCAGUCUCAGACGGAGAACCUGAGGCAGAUGGAGCAGCGGAUCCUAAAGGAGCGCAUGCGAGUAAAUCACCUGCAGGAUGCGGAAAGGCUUGGAGAACGUUCCGCCACCUCGCCUAUACCUCAAAUUAUUCCACCGGUUCUACCAGACUCAGUUUCGGCGUUGCCUUUCCCCGGGCUGACAUCUUUCAGGAAUAAUCCUCCAAAUUCUCCUGCAAACUAUCAGUCCAUGACGCUUGAGGCCAGUCUGGCUCUGUGGAAGUACACAGCGGAAAAGGACCGUGAAUUCCUCCUCGAGGAGCAGAUCUUUCUUGAAAAUCUGAAGAAGAAAUCCUACAGGUUUGACGCACACUGACUAAAACCUGUUGGACAGUCAGCAUCUCUGUAUUAUAUUUAUACA